ACCGCGACCACGAAGCAACGAUUUCUGCGCAUGCGCACAGAUCAUUUUAUAAAAGCGAGUCACUAAAUCGAAAGAUAUUGCAGUAGACGGUCAAAUGAACAUUUACAAGAAAUGACUGCAUCACAAAACAUAUUAACAGGUGCUAAAAAGAUAUAACAAUGGAAAUAUAUACAUACAUAGUUGUAUGAAUCAAGUUUAUAGAUAAUCAGCCAUUGUAUUCUGAGCAGCAGUGCAACGUGCACGACAAAGUAACAAAAGUGUCGGUUAACGUGUUUAAUAUUUGACUUCAAUUUGGUUUAAUUUAAUCCUAAUUUUUCACGUUUGGCUAUUCGAUUUGAAAUGACUUGCUAAUUGUAGUUGAGGUCAGUGCGACCUUAGUUGGGUCUUUGGGCCAGAUACGUUUAAGAAAACCAAAACCAAAACAAAAGCAGACAUAUGUGAAAAAGUAAACGAAAAAAGUAACCGCUACACUGCUGACUUACUUACGGGCAAACAUAAAAUAAACCAUAAAGUAACACAACACACAAACAACAACAUUCGGCAAGUCGACUGUUGAAUGGGAAAAUGAAAGUACUACCGAUAUUGCAGCCAAAUCGGCUAUUGUACCUCUACUUCACAGUCAUUGUUGUUAUCGUUGUUGGGGAUUAUGCAAGUGCGCUGCAACAGCAACAGUCAGAGCCACAGACACGGCGAGAGCAAGAUCGGCCAACAACUACGCCCAGUAAACAGCAACAACCUGCACAUGCGGAAGUAAACCAUACCGCCAAUAAACCGUUGAAAUUCGGUACAAAAAUUGUUGAUUAUGCUGUUGCUAAAUUGAAUGCUAACAUCACAACUAUUAAUGCUACAGAUCGCCAACAAUCCGCUGAUACCAGAAAUAACAAGCAAGAAAACGAAAAACUACAAACGGACAUACAGUUAAACAAUGCCGCAGACAUUGCACCAUCACCAAGGGUAGCACGUCGCUUUGAUGGGUCCACAGCGCCAGCCACACAAAUGAUUGGUGAAAAUGACGUGCCACCGGUGAAGAAAACUCAGCGCACUGGCAGCACAUCGGCAAAUGCACCAUCGGCCGCGCUACCAAUUGCCACAGCGACGUCCAAGCCAAAGCGUCGAGACGGCAAUAGCUCGCGUUCGAGCUCACGCGAUGGCAAAUCCGCUGCGGUUGCAGCAAGUCAACGUUCCAAUUCUUUUGAUUCCCAGGCGCAAAGUGCACGGCAGUUGGCAACUAACCGUGCUCGCAAUUCGCAUGCAGCCAAUGUAGCGAGCCAGCAAACGAACAGGGGGUCUGGUAAGAAAAGCAAAGUUGCAUCACAGCCAACGUUGACGCCAGCGGUUGUGGCUAACAGCCGGCGGGAGGCAAAUAAAUCGCGCAAAGCCUUAAGUGCAACAACGGUAUCAGCACCAAUAUCCUCGUCUACACCUGCGACCGCGACUGUCCGCGCUCCAGUUGUUGCCAACAAUCCACUCAGUAAUCCUUUCAGUUUUUUCUCUCCCUCUCUUUGGGCUCUGUCCAGUCCACCCAAAGCAUCGUCAACAAAAAAGCCACCCAAAAAAUAUACACCGCCACCAGUAACAACUACAGCAACAGUUAAAGACAAGAAAAGCACUCUUCAAAAAGAAAAAUCGACGACGUUAACACCGUUAGCUUCUAAUCAAAUUACGACGACCGCGCUGCCACCCAAAAAAAGCACCACCGAUGGACCAUUUCGUAUAGCAUUGCCAACAUUUAACUUUUUCGGCAAUCAAGCUCAAAGGUCCCCUGAAGCGGUUGGCGAGAAGGAUAAACGCAAUACAGCACAGAAUCUGCGUAAUCUCUUCGAUUGUCCACGCGAGAGUGAGGUGCGCUUCCAGCUAUUUCCCAAAAUUUGUAAAGUGGAUGGAGAUUGUGCCGUUUGGAAUCGCGAUGAGUUGUGUUGUGAAAUAUUUGGCGCAAAAAGUUGUGUCUCAGGCAUAGCCAAACCGCUUGAAGAGACUUCACAUACCCCCAUAUUGGGAUUGAUACCACGCAAAUGUCCGACCCGCCCACUAGCCGAACUAUGGUGGCAAGUUCAGGAAUGUGAAACCGACACGGACUGUUGGCCUAGAGUUUGCUGUCCUGAUGGAAAUAAACGCUACUGCAGAACUUCACAGCCGGAGCUGGAGACAGUACCAGUACCGGUGAAACGUUCUUUCAAUUAUCUCUCCGAGUAUAUUGAGUGUACACCACCGCCGCCACCCAUCUUCGAUUUACAUCCAAAGACUUGCGCUUCUACUUUGGACUGCUUCCCGAAUGUGUGUUGUCAAGAGGCGGGUUUGCGACACUGUCGUCCGCCAAAGAAAUCUCUUCUUACUUGGAUGGCGAAUUUCCUGAAUGUGGACUUCGUUAAGCGCCUGGCCCAAAAUAUUGUUAUAAAGUGAGGCGGACUGUUCUAGGGUUGCUCUUAUUUAUUAGUGUUUGUGUAAAUUUAGCGGAAAGGUUUUCAAAGGAUACAUACAUACAUACAUAUAUGUACCUUAUUCGCGGUCAAGUGUAAAUACACAUAAAAACAUACUUACAUGUAAAUACAUCACAUACAUACAUACAUUUGUACAUAAAAUAUAAUAAGAAAUUCGUGAUUACAUAC